UAGGCGUCGAGAAUAAGGCGCUGAAAAGGAAGCAGCCUGUCUUCACUGAGAUACAACAAACGGGGCUCUCUGCUAGCAGUUUGGAAACAGCAGUAAUAACUUAAACGGCGUCUUCGUAAGUUACACCGCUUCCGAGCAUUGUGACAAAGCGCAGAGUUUGGAGUAAAUGGCCGAUAAAGAGGUGUACGAUGACGCUGUGGAGGAGAGGGUCAUCAAUGAAGAGUACAAGAUCUGGAAGAAAAACACUCCUUUCCUGUAUGACCUGGUGAUGACUCAUGCUCUGGAGUGGCCCAGCCUUACUGUCCAGUGGCUUCCAGAUGUUAACAGGCCUGAAGGGAAGGACUACGCCGUCCACAGGCUGGCUCUGGGGACCCAUACAUCAGAUGAGCAGAACCACCUUGUGAUCGCUAGUGUCCAGGUACCAAAUGAUGAUGCGCAGUUUGAUGCCUCGCAGUACGACAGCGAAAAAGGAGCAGAGUUUGGAGGCUUUGGAUCAGUGAGCGGGAAAAUCGAGAUAGAGAUCAAGAUCAACCACGAGGGAGAGGUGAACCGAGCCCGCUAUAUGCCCCAGAAUCCCUGCAUCAUCGCCACCAAGACCCCCACCUCUGAUGUUCUGGUCUUUGACUACACCAAGCACCCUUCAAAGCCAGAUCCCAGUGGGGAGUGUCAUCCUGAUCUGAGGCUGAAAGGCCACCAGAAAGAAGGCUAUGGUCUUUCCUGGAAUCCCAACCUUAGCGGCAACCUCCUCAGCGCCUCAGACGACCAUACCAUCUGCCUGUGGGACAUCGGGUCCGGCCCAAAGGAAGGGAAGGUAGUGGACGCCAAGUCCAUCUUCACGGGCCACACAGCAGUGGUUGAAGAUGUGUCCUGGCAUUUGCUCCAUGAAUCCCUCUUUGGCUCGGUGGCUGACGACCAGAAACUCAUGAUAUGGGACACUCGGUCCAACAACCCGUCCAAAGCCAGCCACGCAGUCGAAGCUCACACUGCUGAGGUCAACUGCCUGAGCUUCAACCCCUACAGCGAGUUCAUUCUGGCCACCGGUUCUGCUGAUAAGACUGUUGCAUUGUGGGAUCUACGAAACCUUAAACUGAAGCUCCACUCCUUUGAGUCCCACAAAGAUGAAAUUUUCCAGGUACAAUGGUCUCCUCACAACGAGACCAUCCUGGCCUCCAGCGGCACCGACCGACGUCUCAACGUCUGGGAUCUCAGUAAAAUCGGUGAGGAGCAGUCGGCAGAGGAUGCUGAGGAUGGCCCACCAGAGCUGCUGUUCAUCCACGGUGGUCAUACAGCCAAGAUCUCUGACUUCUCCUGGAACCCCAGUGAACCCUGGGUCAUCUGCUCAGUGUCCGAGGACAACAUCAUGCAAGUCUGGCAGAUGGCUGAGAAUAUCUACAACGAUGAAGAGCCAGACAACACCCCUGCAUCAGAGCUGGAAGCUCAGGGAUCAUAACCCAGCCGUGCACAACUCUUCCUCCAGUCCCAGAGCUCCAGACCCAGCCUAGCCUGUUGUUUUCCUCUGGCUUGUUCCGUGCAUGAAUGAACUUUGUGGAAAGUUAAGAGACAGCAUGGACGCUACUCUUGCUUAAACAGUUGGAUUCGUCUCUUCCUACUUAUACUUUAACUCAGCCCAGGUACCUAAAAGCACUUCGGCAUUUGGUAUAAAAAAAAAGGUUCUAGCUGCUCAGGUUGUCUUACCGGUAUAUCCUGCGUUUGGAAAAUUACAUUUUGUGGCAAAGGGCCUUUUAAAGAAAAGUUUAAUGUGUACAAAGUCACUGCUAGAUAUUGCCCUGUACAGUAAGUUCUAAAGGGCUAAUGCCACAAAAAACAUUUUUAAAGCUCGACUCAAGAGUAUCCAGAAAACCACCCGAUAGACGACUUCUCUUAAAAACACAUCGUAAGGAAACAGAGACGAUAGAAGUAGUGACUUUUUGUAAACCAGAUCUACACCUGUCCAAACUGAUAAGUAUGAAGGAUGAUAGUCAUGUACAGGGAAGCCUUUCAUACCACAUCUUCCCACCUGUUAAGCACUUGUUGCUGCUAUUUUUUGACCUAGUGUUGUACUUGCUGAAGAAACAUUCCCUGCUGUGUUUGCCUCCUGUUCAUAAGGUACAAAAAAAAAAACUCUUCAGUGAAAGUUGGGGACUAAAUGAGUUAAACUGAGGGAAGAAAAAUAGUUUUCCCUUCACCUGUUUGCGUUGUUACAAAAGUGAAGUUGACGUGUUGUUUCCUUUGACUCAAAUUGCAAUAAAACUUUUUUAAAUUUUGAAA